AUGGCGUCCGUGGGGUCAAACACCAUUAAGGUGCUGGCCCGCUUCCGUCCACAGAAUAAGGUUGAAUUAGCCUCAGGAGGUACGCCGAUUGUCGAAUUUGAGAAUGAGGAGUCAUGUACUAUCAAUUCCAAAGAAGGCAUUGUGCCUUUUACCUUCGAUCGAGUCUUCCCUAUGAACUCGCCCCAAGCCAACAUCUUCGACUUUUCGAUCCGGCCUACCGUUGACGACAUUUUGAAUGGAUACAACGGAACGGUCUUCGCGUACGGUCAAACCGGCGCGGGAAAGUCGUAUACCAUGAUGGGUUCAGAUAUUGAUGAUGAGGUGGGUAAGGGUGUCAUUCCUCGUAUUGUCGAGCAAAUCUUCGCCAGUAUCCUUACGAGUCCGAGUAAUAUUGAGUACAUGGUCCGGGUCAGCUACAUGGAGAUCUACAUGGAGCGCAUUCGCGAUUUGUUGGUGCCACAGAAUGAUAACUUGCCUGUCCAUGAGGAGAAAUCACGCGGAGUUUACGUGAAAGGGCUGCUUGAGGUCUACGUCUCUAGCGUCCAAGAAGUUUACGAGGUGAUGCGCCGAGGUGGAAACGCACGUGCCGUGGCUGCCACCAACAUGAAUCAGGAGUCGUCUCGUUCACACUCGAUCUUCGUUAUUACCGUCAGCCAAAAGAAUGUGGAGACUGGGUCUGCCAAGAGUGGUCAGCUCUUCUUGGUUGAUUUGGCCGGUAGUGAAAAGGUCGGUAAAACUGGAGCCAGUGGCCAGACCCUGGAGGAGGCCAAGAAGAUAAACAAGAGUCUGAGUGCUCUUGGUAUGGUCAUUAACGCACUGACUGACGGGAAAUCGUCUCAUGUUCCGUACCGUGACUCUAAACUCACUCGAAUCCUCCAAGAAUCUCUGGGUGGUAACUCGCGGACAACCCUGAUCAUUAACUGCUCACCCAGUAGCUACAACGAUGCAGAAACCAUCUCGACCUUGCGUUUUGGUGUGCGUGCAAAGGCCAUUAAGAACAAGGCCAAGGUUAAUGCCGAGUUGAGCCCUGCGGAGAUGCGACAGCUUCUGCGCAAGGCUCAGACUCAAAUGACCAGCUUUGAGAAUUAUAUUUCUGCCCUGGAGAGCGAGGUGAAUACCUGGCGUGGGGGUGAAAGUGUUCCUAAGGACCUGUGGACCCCUUCGCGUAGCAACGAUGCCGUUAGUGCUGCCAAAGCUGAGGCUCGUGCCCCUCGACCGGCGACUCCUUCCAGACUCCAAGAAACUGCUCGCUCGGACACCCCACGGCCAGAUUCGCGUCUUGGAGAUCGUUCGAGCACACCCAGCCUGGUGCUGGAGAAAGACGAGCGAGAGGAGUUCCUCCGUCGCGAGAAUGAGCUGCAGGAUCAAAUCGCUGAAAGGGAGACCCAUAUUGUUAAUGUGGAGCGGAGCCUCCGUGAGGCCCGAGAGGAGCUGAAGUCAUUGAAGGAUAACGCUGGGCGAUCGGGCAAAGACAAUGAGCGGUUGAACACCGAAAUCAACGAGCUGCGCAUGCAGCUGGAGAAGGUUUCUUAUGAGGGUAAGGAAGCCGCGAUCACCAUGGAUGGCCUCCGGGAAGCCAACUCUGAGCUUACUGGCGAGUUGGAUGAGGUAAAGCAGCAGCUUCUCGAUGUUCGCAUGAAAGCCAAGGAGACCACGGCUGCACUGGAUGAGAAGGAAAAGAAGAAGGCGGAGAAGAUGGCCAAGAUGAUGGCCGGGUUUGACUUGGGUGGCGAUGUUUUCUCGGACAACGAGCGCAAGCUACAAGACCUGAUCCAGCGCGUUGACGCGUUGCACGAGGUCAGCGCUUCCGGAGAACUCAUCGCACCUGACGAUAUCAUGGAGCUCCGCACCCGUUUGCUGGAGACCCAGGGUUUCAUUCGCCAGGCUGAAUUGACGAUGAGUGAUCGAGGCGAAUUCAGUGAUUUGCAGAGUGGCCGCCGGGCAGAACUGGAGAAGAAGUUGGAGGAGGUCCAGCGCGAGUACGAAGACCUUUUGACUCGCAACCUUGGUGACAGUGAUGUGGAGGAGAUUCGUGAACGGCUGGAGAAGUCUUUCAUUGACAGAAAGGAGACUGAGACUGCCGCAGUCGAGGAACUCCGCUCCGAGAUCAAGCGCAAGGACGAGGAAUUGACGACGAUGCGGCAGUCUCUGGCUGACACUGAGUCCAGGACUAGCACCAACGGUGCCGCCAGCAAGACUCUGCAGCAGCAGAUUUCUGAGUUUGAUGCCAUGAAGAAGUCCCUGAUGCGGGAUCUACAGAACCGCUGCGAGCGAGUAGUGGAAUUGGAAAUAUCCUUGGACGACGCUCGUGAGCAAUACAACAACGUUCUUCGAUCAUCGAACAACCGGGCCCAGCAGAAGAAGAUGGCAUUCCUAGAACGCAACCUGGAGCAAUUGACGCAUGUCCAGCGACAGCUCGUGGAACAGAAUAGCAGCUUGAAGAAGGAAGUGGCCAUUGCAGAGCGCAAAUUGAUUGCACGCAAUGAGCGCAUCGCUAGCUUGGAGAGCUUGCUACAGGAUAGCCAGGAGAAGUUGACUCAGGCCAACCACCGAUUCGAAGCCCAACUCACCGCCGUCAAAGAGCGCCUUGAAGCUGCAAAGCAGGGCUCUACUCGUGGACUACCAACCAUGGAUGGUAAUGGCAACUUCAGCUUUGGAGGAUCUCGUAUCGCGAAGCCCCUUCGUGGUGGAGGUGGUGAUGGACCGUCUAACUCCAACGUCUCCGGUGUGCAAUCACAGGAGAAUGGAAAACGCACCAGCUGGUUCUUCGACCGUAAAUAA